UUCUCCACCUUCGACAAGGACAACGACGGCAAGAUAACAGUCUGCGAGGUCCACAAAACUUUCAACUCUCUCGGAAUGCAGGUCGACUACGAGACCUGCGAACAGAUGGUUAAACAAGUGGAUCUCGAUGGAAAUGGUCAGAUAGAUUUUGAAGAGUUCAUCUUACUGACCACACGCUCCGAGAACCCGCAGUCUGAAGAGAGGGAGGUCAUGGAGAUGUUCCGACUGAUCGACAAGGACCACAGCGGCUCCAUCGAAGUCGAGGAACUGAAAGAGGCAUUCGUGACGUUGGGAAUGAAGUUAACCAUCGAUGACCUAAACGAGAUGAUGAAACAAGCAGAUAUCAACGGGGAUGGCAAGAUCGACUACUCAGGUCAGUCGCUGACGUCAUAA